CAGUAGUCAGCUUUGUUUCUGUGUCGGUUUAGGUUUUUAUUCUCAGUUUCGGUCACGAUAUUAAUUUGCGAAAGAAAUGCAGUUUCAAAAGUUUUUCAGAAUAACAUCUUUGCUGCCCAUAGCAUUUUAUUUCGUACUUUUAAUAAAAUCGUCGAAAGGAUCUAAGGCAGAGUUUGUCACGUGCGGCACUAUUUUAAAACUUAUCAAUACGGAUCUCCGCCUCCGACUACACUCGCAUGAUGUGAAGUACGGUUCAGGAUCCGGUCAACAGUCUGUAACAGGAGUCGACAUAUCUGAUGAUCAUAAUAGCCACUGGUUGAUACGAGCGCCCACUGGCGAGGUAUGCAAGCGAGGUGAACCAAUCAAGUGUAAUACUGUUGUGAGACUCCAACAUGUAGCUACUAAGAAAAAUCUACAUUCCCACUAUUUCUCAUCACCACUAUCUUCCAAUCAAGAGGUAUCUUGCUAUGGUGAUGAGGAUGGUGAAGGGGAUACUGGAGAUAACUGGACUGUAGUCUGCAACAAUGACUAUUGGAGAAGAGACACACCAGUGAAGCUCAGGCAUGUGGACACAGCAUCGUUCUUAGCUGGUUCAGGAAGGACUUUUGGUCGCCCCAUCAGUGGCCAAGGAGAAAUUGUGGGUAUUAAUUCACAGUAUGGAGCUUACACAGACUGGCAAGCCAAAGAAGGCUUAUUUGUACACCCAAGUGAUCCCCUGCCCCACCAGCAGCAUGCAAUACAUUCAGAAUUAUAAUAUUGUGCAUUAUUAUAGUCAAUAGUAUGAUAACACAUUCUUUUUAAUUUAAUGCUAAGCUGAUUGA